AUGCGCAAUCAAACAGGGAUCAACACCACCAGACCGGAGAAUCAAUCAGCGACUGCUUCUACUCUGUUCACUGACGCGGCAUGGAAAGCACAAGAUAGAACUGCAGGCUGUGGUUGGAUCAUACACAAUCCACAAGAGAGAGAGACAACUCACGGCACAUCGACAGAACUCUGUGUCGCAUCACCUUUGAUGGCGGAAGCUCUAGCAGUCCGGGAAGCACUGCUUCAUGCUAGGUCCCUCCAUCUCUCCAAUAUCUGCCUUAAAUCAGAUAAUCAGGUGCUGGUUAAAGCACUAACCUCGAAGCAACAUCCGGUGGAACUCUACGGAAUCAACUUGGAUAUCGAGAACCUAUCUUCAUCGUUUUCUUCUGUUUCCUUUUCUUACAUCUCUAGGACUUUAAAUUCUGCUGCAGAUGCUUUAGCAAAAUCUGCUUUGUAUGGCUUGAACAUUUAG